GUCCUCGCAAAUACCAUAUUUGGAUAUCGCCUGCCCUUAUUUAAAGUAGGCACAUCGGAGCUCAUCCGAGCAUUCGGUCUUCAGUAGCCUUUGGAGAUAAAGGAGUUCUGGGACCUUAGUCAAAGCAACAUGAACAUUUUGGUGUUUUUAACUGCAUUGGUGGCAGGAACAACUGCCACAAACCUCUACCAUGGCCUCUUGGGUUACUCUGGUAUUGUCAACCCUGAUGGAAACAACGUCCAAUUUACUCGUGAACAAGCAGACAAUAUUGUGCUAGUUGGACCCUCUGGAGCUGUGACGAAGGAUGGUAAAAACUGGCAACUUGUCCCUGACACUCACAGAACCAAACGCUCCAACUUCUACCAAGGUUUGUUGGGUUACUCAGGAAUUGUCAGCCCUGAUGGAAACAACGUCCAAUUCACUCGUGAACAAGCAGACAACAUUGUGCUGGUUGGACCUUCUGGAGCUGUGACAAAAGAUGGCAAGAACUUGCAACUUGUCCCUGAUACUCACAGAACCAAACGCUCCAACUUCUACCAAGGUUUGUUGGGUUACUCAGGAAUUGUCAGACCUGAUGGGAACAAUGUCCAAUUCACCCGUGAACAAGCAGACAACAUCGUGCUAGUUGGACCUUCUGGAGCUGUGACAAAGGAUGGUAAGAACCUGCAGCUUGUCCCUGAUAAUCACAGGGUCAAAAGAGGAGCUGGGUACGUCAAUGCCAAAGGGAGCAUUGGAUAUUCUGGCAUCGUGAAAACUGAUGGUACCAUCAGGCAGUUCUCUCAGGAUGACAUUGACAACAUUGUUCUCUUUGGACCAUCUGGUGUCGUCACCAAGGAUGGCAAAAACUGGCAAUUGGACGAGGACCUCAACAUCCAUCGUACAAAGAGGCAUUUGAUUGGUCCAUCCGGAAUUAUCACUAGGGAUGGCACUCCAGUCCAAUUCAAGAAAGCAGGAGCUAAGAUUCUUCUUGAAGGACCAUCUGGAAUCAUAUUGUCAGAUGGUAGUUUAGUACAGCUCCGCUCUUAAUAUUCCACAGAUAAAUAUACUGUAUCUGUUGGGACUUGAGUAAUGUCAGAAACAGACAACAUAGUAUGCUAGUCCAGCUGCAGCAUUAAAUUUAGUUCUUUCCAACUGGCGUAAUUUCUCAAACCAACCAAUGUAACAAAGCUAAAAAUUUAGCACACUCUCCAGCCUGUAUGUGCCAAUCUUUUUCUUCUCUGAAGUGCUCGUUUGUUGAUACAUGACUUCCAAUUAAGCUGUGCUCUUUAUGUAAUAGAUAUUAUUUCAAUAAAAUUAUACUCUACAAAACAAAAA